AUGCCAGUCACAGUUCAGUGUGUAUCUACUGUAAGCGGCAUAGUUCACCUUCGUGGCCACGAAUUCCUGCAGCACACCGGUCCCGGCUCACCCAACUCAACGUGGUCCAACCAAGAGGUGCAUCUCUCUCUCUCCCGAUCGUACAGCCACGCUCUCACAGGAUGUGAUCCCUGUACUCGGAGUUUGAUUCGAGUCAAGACAGCGGAAAUAAACGCCGAGCAAAUCGCAUAUGCAGGUGCGUUAAACGCUAUCCAGCUCAUGUGCAGCAAUAGAUUCUAUGCGGAAACGGUCCUAUUCCAAUCCAUGCUCACGUUGAAUCAACAGCUCCGUACCCUGUUCGGUGUUACGAAACUCAAUUGCCGUGGCACAUUCCUAUGCCUUUCUGCCUCUUUCUCUACACAACUCCUCGCGACUGAACCACCCACUGCGUUAGGCUCGACGCCGACUGCUGGUUUCCCUAAUAAAAAAAAUCCAGCACACGCUCUUAUUACUCCGAAUGUUGCGCUAUCUCAUCACAGUCCAAUCAUGGACUAUCAAAUGAAAUGGAACGUCUUUUGUUUUAUAUUCUAA